CCGCGGAACCUACACUUCGUUUACAAAGUCGACGAAUCUAGUCGCUGGCACUUGACGCGAUACCAUCAAAAGAAUUCUUUUGGUUGGCCACAGGUUACUGCAACAGUGUGGUGGUGUAUGUGCUUUAAAACCGACAGUUUCGGAAAAAAUGACUCAAAUUGACGAAAUUUCGAAUUUGACUCCGAUCCAGGAAUUUUACUCCGGGACCAACAUUUUCAUAACAGGUGGCACUGGUUUUUUGGGCACAAUUCUCAUCGAGAAAUUGCUGCGUUCUUGCAACGACAUCUCGACGAUUUACAUCCUUGCUCGUAACAAGAAGGGAAAAAAUCUCCAAAGUCGCAUCGACGAAUUGUUUGACGAUUCGAUUUUCGACCGAUUGAAGAAAGAAUUUCCGAAAUUCAGGCACAAGGUUGUGGGGAUUGGAGGCGACUGCAGUCUCCCCGAUUUGGGGAUCAGUCAACAGGACCGUCAAGUGCUCAUCAAUGAGGUCUCCGUUAUAUUCCAUGUGGCGGCAACCGUCCGUUUCGACGAAAAACUGAAAAUGGCUGUGGCCAUAAACGUCCGCGCCCCUCAAGACAUGCUCAAACUUGCACACGAAAUGCCACAUUUGAAGUCAAUGGUGCACGUUUCGACGGCUUAUUCAAAUGUUCCGAAUAAGGUCAUUGAAGAACGACUGUAUCCUGUGCCAGUUGAUAGCAAGAAACUUAUUCUUAUGGCCGAAACUUUGGGUGAUAACGUCUUGGACAACAUCACUCCAAUGGUUUUGGAUAAGUGGCCAAACACAUACACUUAUACGAAAGCUGUUGCAGAGGAUAUAGUUCGACAAGAUGGGCUAGAUUUGCCCAUUGGGAUCUACAGACCAUCUAUUGUGGUGUCAACAUAUCAAGAACCGACUGAAGCCUGGAUUAACAACCUUUACGGUCCAACUGGAGUUUGUGCUGGUGCUGGAAGUGGCAUUCUUCGUGCAUUGCAUGCAAAUAGUGAAGUUAAUGCAAAUAUCGUCCCAGUUGAUAUGUGUGUCAAUUCUUUGAUUGCCACUGCUUGGGAUGUGGGAGUUAAAUUUGAAAAUUCCAAAAAGAGUUGCAACAAAUACGAAAUUCCCGUUUACCAUUUUGAGUCAAGUAAUGAUCAACCCUUGAACUGGGGACGAUUUAUGCGUUUAUCUUACUCACAUGGAAAAAAAACACCAAGUGUUAAAGCCAUUUGGUACUAUACGUUCAAUUUGUACAAAAAUUACUAUGCCUAUCUCAUAGCCACGAUUUUUCUGCAUUAUUUGCCAGCGCUUUUCGUCGAUGGAGCGCUGCUGUGCAUGGGAAAAUCACCAAAAAUGCUCCGAAUUUACAAAAAGAUCCAUAAAUUCACGAGCGUAAUCUCGUACUUCUCGACCCGCACUUGGAUAUUCCAGUCGUCAAACGUGCAAAAAAUGAUCGAGCGGAUGUCUGAAGCUGACCAGAAAAUUUUCUUCUGUGACUUGAAAAAACUUGACUGGAAUAAAUUUUUCGCUACGUAUCUUCGAGGAAUACGAAUUUACCUCCUGCAAGACCCGAUUGAGACUUUGGAGGAGGCCCACAUCAGAUGGAACAGACUGUAUUGGUUGCACCAGGGAGUUAAGGCACUUGUGGCUUUUCUCCUCAUCAGAGUUUUAUGGUGGAUAUUAUCGACUGUAUUUAUUUACUAAUGGAAAAGUAUUUUCAUUACUUUAGUGAUAUUAUUUUGUAAUUUUAACAGUUUGUAUAAUUUAUAUAAUAAAGCUAAUACGGAAGA